GGGCGGGAAGCGGGCGCCGCGCGGUGCACGCCGGGAGGCGCCGUGAGGGGGUAUAAGGGCGGGCGGCCGCCGCCAUCUUUCUCUCGGCACCGCGCAGCCAUGGGCCACCAGCAGCUCUACUGGAGCCACCCCAGGAAGUUCGGGCAGGGCUCCCGCUCUUGCCGCGUGUGCUCCAACCGCCACGGCCUCAUCCGCAAGUACGGGCUGAACAUGUGCCGGCAGUGCUUCCGCCAGUACGCCAAGGACAUCGGGUUUAUCAAGCUGGACUGAGCGCCGGGAGGAUGAGGAGACAGCCGGGAGCUCCCGGGGCGUCCCAGGGCCUCCCUGACACAUCUGCAGCGUCUCGACUCAGCCGUACUUAAUAAACGGUAUUCUAACCCA